AUGUCGGACAAUAUUUUGUGUAUUUGUUUCCUGCAGAAGAUGUUUCGCCGGUUCCGCCGGUGGCUGGCCUGCUGUUCCUCUGGGGAGGGGAGCGAGGCAGACGACCCGCCGGAGGAGAAGACCGCCCCUGGCCACCCACUGGACAGCACGGAGGAGCCAGCAUUAGCAGCAACAGCGGCGUCACCAGCUGUGUCGCCAACUGCAACACUUCAGGUUUCGCCAGCCACGUUGCCGGACACAGGAGGAGAGCCAGCAGAAGCCACAAGAGAAGUGGCGCCUCCACCUGCGUCACCAUCCACAGUACGAGUAGGACGACCAGCUGCACCACAAGUGGUUGCACCAGCCACGUCACCAGCCACACCAGCAGUGGCCACGAAAGCCACAACACAACUGGCGUCGCCAGCCCUUAUGCCACCCACAACACAACUUGAACCAUCAGCUGCAACACACGUAGCAUCCCCAGCCACGUCCCCAUCUACAACACAUGUCUCAUCAGGCAUCACACAAGUGGCGUCGGCACCUACAAUCGAAGUGACAUCGCCACCCACAACAAGAGCAGUUCUUCGAGCCUCAUCGCCAGGCAAAACAGAAGUUACAUCACCAGCAGCCCAUCUAACCACAAAACGUGUAGCCUCAUUACCUUUACGGCAGUUGGUGUCCAAAGCAUCGUCGUCAGCCUCCACACUAAUAGCAUCCGCCAUCCCCAUUGCCUGCAACAACAGGCACCUUAUCACCAGUCCUCUUGCCAGAUACAACAAACAUCAAGUUACCAGCCCUGUUGCCAGAUACAACACUCAUCAAGUUACCACUCCUGUUGCCAGAUACAAAACCCAUCAAGCCACCAAUCCUGUUGCCCGAUACAGCACAUGCUGUGUCACCAGUCCUGCUGCCGGAUACAACACUCAUCAAGCCACCAAUCCUGUUGCCAGAUACAGCACACGCUGUGUCACCAGUCCUGCUGCCAGUUACAACAACCAUCAAGCCACCAAUCCUGUUGCUGGAUACAGUACAAGCUCUGUCACCAGUCCUGCUGCCGGAUACAACACCCAUCAAGUCACCAAUCCUGUUGCCGGAUACAGCAAACACUGUGUCACCAGUCCUGCUGCCGGAUACAACAUGCGUUCUGUCACCAGCCCUGCUGUGGGAUACAACACGCGUCCUGCCACCAAUCCUGUUGCUACCUACACCAUGAUUCGUGUCGCAAGAUUCUGA